UAUUUGGAGAGAGAGGAAAAUUUCAUGUCCGAAACUUGAAUGUAGAGCGAGGGAAAUUUGGGAGAAAAUUUUUCCCAAAGUAUUAUGAAGAUCGUAUCAUUGGUUUUGAUCUUCGGAUUGUUUGCAGUGGGGUUUUCACGGCCUUCCGAAAAAAAAGCCAAAGCUGUGGAAAUAGUGGAUGAGUCUGAUAGAGAACUUAUCCGAGUUGCCAGGGGAGAUGUAGAGGAUGAGGAACCUAAACAGAAAGCUCACCUCGAAAAGAAGAGAUCCACUGAAGAGAUCAAACGGAAUAAAAGAGCCGCAGAGGAAGACGCUUUCUUUCAAGCUCUUCUGACGCGAGCGGCAGACAAGAAAACAGAAAAAAAGAGGUCUUUUGAUGAUGGUGCUGACAACACAGGAUAUAUAAUCCGAGAUGAUUGGAAGGGAGACUCAAAAAUUUCAGAUGCUGACAGGCAGGAGCUUGAGAGUCUUUUUAAUGCCAUUAACUCUCCUGAGGAUGAAGGAGAGGAAAAAGUUGAAGAAACAAGAAGUAUAAAGCCGGGUCUAGAAGGAAAGAUCCAACAGUUCAUUGAAUGGCUUAUGAGUCAGCCGCCUGACAAGUUUACCAAGUCCUUAUCGCACAUUCUUGAUGUAGAGCAGUCUUUGACAAAGAUGUUCUAUGACGGUCCGCCACAACAACAGCAGCAGGCAGACCAACAGCAGCAGCAAGGUCAGCAGCAAGGACAGCAGCAAGGACAGCAACAAGGUCAGCAGCCGCAGCAGCAACUGCAGCAACAAGAUCCAGCCGGUAAGCAGGCCCGUUUUAUUCCCAAAACGUUUACAUUAAUGGUUAGAAAAAGUACAAGGAAAGAUGGCUUCAUUGAUGCAAGGAAUAUUGUUUGUCCCACGGUUUAA